CGUCCGGCGCGAGGUCACCGCGAUGGCGGCGGCGCGAGCGCGGCGGGCGGGAGCCUCGCUGCUCUCGGCUGCGGUCCGGCACAGGAGCUCCCAGAGCUCAUCCCCACAGGCAGGACUUGUUGCCAAAACUUCCCUGACUUCGCCCCCAUGGCCUGAAGUGAAGCUUCCAGAUCCAGUGGAAGAAGCCAAACAUCAUGCAGCAGAGGUGGUGCAGAAGGUGAACGGGCUGAUCGCGGCCGGGCGCUACGGGCGCCUCUUUGCCGUCGUGCACUUCGCCAGCAAGCAGUGGAAAAUCACCAGUGAGGAUCUCAUCAUGAUGGACAACGUCCUGGAGGCCGAGUGUGGAGACAGGAUCCGCAUGGAAAAGGUGUUGCUGGUUGGUGCUGAUGACUUCACGCUCGUUGGAAGGCCGCUGCUGGGGAAGGACCUGGUGCGUGUGGAGGCCACGGUGAUCGAGAAGACGGAGUCGUGGCCCAAGGUCAACAUGCGCUUCUGGAGGAGACACAACUUCCAGAGGAAGAAAAUCAUUGCAAACCCCCAGACCGUUCUCAGGAUCAACAGCAUCGAGAUCUACCCCUGCUUGUCCUGACUGGGGAGGUGUCCUGGGAAUCACUGCUGCUCCAGGCAAUUGUGGAAAUAAAACUGCCUCAGCACUGGGAAGCUCUGGACUUCUUGUUGUGGUGGGAAAUGGAAAUCUCUGUGUGGUGGGAAAUGAAAAUCUCUUUCUUUUUAAAAUAAUGAAAUAUUUUUUAAACUUG